ACAUUGUCAAUGAUUAACAAGGUGGACUUUGUGGCUCAUUAGAUUGAAAUUGCACAGUACUUCCUUAUACAACAUUCAUACACUGAAAUCAGCAUUCACUAUUCUUAAAUUAGUAAAGGGACGGUGAAGUAGUGUGAGCCUCUGUUUUCUUGUCAUAUUUGAUGAUACUGGACAUGAAAUGGAAAAGACUGUGAUACAGUUCAUCAUCCUGGGAGUCGUCUCAGGUUUAACCAGAGGAGCUGGUGUGUUGCCAGAAGAUCUUUUGAAUGGAACUGUGGGAGGGACAAUGGUGUUCAUAACAACACUGACUCCAUCAGAGAACCCCUUUACAUUUGUGGAAUGGAAAUUUGGUGACCAAAGUAUAAUCAGUACAAAUACUAAUGCAACUGCAGAUUAUGAAGGCAGGGUCACCCUCUUCGCUUCUACUGGAUCUCUGGAGCUCAGGAAUCUGGUUCUGAGAGACAGUGGAGAAUAUAGAGUUAUCAUUGUACCUCAGGGAGAACCAACAUUGCAAGGAAGCACCAGACUGGAAGUUUAUGGGCCACUCUCCAAUAUAAUGGUAACUCCCAGCAGCACAGACUUGGUGGAGUUCAACAGCUCCGUCAGCAUAAACUGCUCCUACUCUGGAAUCGCUCUCUCUUUUCUCUGGCUGAACAGCAGCUCUGAAGUUACACAAAGUGACAGAGUUCAGCUCACUGAUGGAGGCGCCACCCUCACUAUAGUCAAUGUGACCCGCUAUGACCAGGGACCGUUUGAGUGUCAGGUGUUCAAUCCAGUAAACAGUGGUACCAGUGAACCAGUAACUCUCUCCAUCAGCUAUGGCCCAGAAAAUGUAAACUUGAACGUAAAAGUGUCAAAAGGAUACUACCUGGAAGGUUCAAACAUCGGCCUGUCCUGCUCAGCUGUCUCCAGACCUGCUGCCCAGUUUUACUGGCUUCUGAAUGGAGACAACCUGAAUGAUACCGGACCAGAAUUCAAACUGGUGAACAUUCAGAUGAGUCAGAGUGGAAACUACAGCUGUCAGGCCUUUAACAACAAAACUCUGAGAUAUGAAACAUCUCAGUCUUCAGCUGUAACUGUGCUAGAGAGAAUAUCAGGCGCUGCUGUCACAUCAUCAACAAACCUGUCGAUUGAAGGGAACUCUGUCAACUUAACCUGUGAUGCUGCUGCUGGCUCCAUCUUUACCAGACUGUGGAGGAAAGAUGACUCAGAUCUGGUCCUGACUGACAACAUGGCACUUUAUGAGGAGAACAGAGUUCUGUCCUUUAAAAGUCUAAAUAAAACAGACAGUGGAAAAUAUUCUUGUGAAAUCAGCAACCCUGUCAGCAACGAUAGAGCUCAGUACAUCAUGACUGUUAACUAUGGACCAGAAAAUGUUCAAGUCAAAGGCCCAAGCAAGAUCGAUUUUGACAAAACCUUAACAUUAACCUGCUCUGCUGAGUCUGAACCAUCUGCUAGUUACACCUGGACACUGAAUGGGACAGAGAUACACAGUUCUUCUGUGUUCACUAAAGUCAUCACUGGAUUUUCUGACAGUGGCAACUACACAUGUCAAGCCAUGAACAAUAUAACUGAGAGAACCUCAUCAGCAGGGCUUCAAGUGACUGUAACAGGUACCAAGAUGGUGUUGCAAAAUACCGAAAGGGAAGUUGUAGCAGAUUUUAUAAAAAUCAUUCCAACAACAUGUGUCAGACUUUUUUUUAAUUUCAUGAAACAGCAAUGGCUGCAUAAGCAAAACUGUAAAACUAACCGACCUUGUUUAACCAGAGGAGCUGGUGUGUUGCCAGAUGGUCCUCUGAGUGCAACAUUGGGAGGGACAGUGAUGUUCAAUACAACACAGACUCCACCAGAACAACCGUUCACAUUUGUGGAAUGGAAAUUUGGUGAAAAAGUUAUAAUCGAUACAAAUACUAAUGCUACUGCAGAGUAUGAAGGCAGGGUCACCCUCUUCACUUCUACUGGAUCUCUGGAGCUCAGGAAUCUGGUUCUGAGUGACAGUGGAGAAUACAGAGUUCUCGUUAUAUCACAAGACGGAUCAUCAGAGGGAGGAACCACCAGACUGGAAGUUUAUGAGAGAAUAUCAGGCGCUGCUGUCACAUCAUCAACAAACCUGUCGAUUGAGUGGAACUCUGUCAACUUAACCUGUGACGCUGCUGCUGGCUCCAUCUUUACCAGACUGUGGAGGAAAGAUGACUCAGAUCUGAUCCUGACUGACAACAUGGCACUUUAUGAGGAGGAGAGGGUUCUGUCCUUUAAAAGUCUGUCUAAAACAGACAGUGGAAAAUAUUCUUGUGAAAUCAGCAACCCUGUCAGCAACGAUAAAGCUCAGUACAUUAUGAUUGCUAACUAUGGACCAGAAAAUGUUCAAAUCGAAGGCCCAAGCAAGAUCAAUUUUGAGCAGAACUUAAAAUUAACCUGCUCUGCUGAGUCUGAACCACCUGCUAGUUACACCUGGACACUGAAUGGGACAGAGAUACACAAUUCUUCUGUGUUCACUAAAGUCUUCACUGGAUUUUCUGACAGUGGCAACUACACCUGUCAAGCCAUGAAUCAUAUAACUGGAAGAUCAUCAUCAGCGGUGCAUCAAGUGACUGUAACAGAACAAACAUCAGGCUGUUCGGCUGGUUGCAUCGCUGGAAUAGUAAUUGCAUGUUUGGUCGUCUUUGGAGGAGCUGCUGGUGGAGGGUACUACAUCUAUAACAAAAAAAUCAACAGCAAAGCUCCACCACAAUCUGGUCCAAAAGCAUUCACUAUUCUUAAAUUAGUAAAGAGACGGCGAAGUAGUGUGAGCAUCGUUUUUCUUGUCAUAUUUAAUGAUACUGGACUUGAAAUGGAAAAGGUUGUGAUACAGUUCAUCAUCCUGGGAGUCGUCUCAGGUUUAACCAAAGGAGCUGGUGUGUUGCCAGAUGGUCCUCUAAAUGCAACAGUGGGAGGGACAGUGAUGUUCACCACAACACUGGCUCCAGAACAACUUACAUCUAUUCAUUGGACAUUUGAGGGCAAUGCUAUCACCUCCAGUGUUGAAAACUCGACUGGACCAGGGUAUGAAGGCAGGAUCACUCUUUUCUUAGCUACUGGAUCUCUGGAGCUCAGGAGUCUGACUCUUAAUGACAGUGGAGAAUACAGAGUGGUCAUUCAACAACAGACAGAAUUAGUGGAAGGAUCCACCAGACUGGAAGUUUAUGAGCCAGUCUCCAGUGUAAUAGUAACUCCCAGCAGCUCAGACUUGAUGGAGUUCAGCAGCUCCGUCAAUCUGUCCUGCACCGCCUCUGGAUCCUCUCUCUCUUUCCUCUGGCUGGACGGCAGCUCGGAGGUCACAGAUAGCGACAGAUUGCAGCUCACUGAUGAAAACUCCACCCUCACUAUAGUCAAUGUGACCCGCUAUGACCAGGAACGAUUCAGGUGUCACGUGUCCAAUCCCGUAAGCAGUGGUACCAGUGAUCCAGUAAACCUCUCCAUCAUCUACGGCCCAGAAAAUGUCACCUUGAAAAUAUCUCCAUCACAAGAAUUCUACGUGGAAGGUUCGAGUGUCACUCUUUCCUGCUCGGCUGUCUCCAGCCCGUCCGCCCUCUUUUCCUGGAUUCUAAAUGGAGACAGCUUGACUGAUACUGGACCAGAGCUCAAACUGGUGAACAUUCAGAUGAGUCAGAGUGGAAACUACAGCUGUCAGGCCUUCAACAGCAUAACUCUGAGAUAUGAAACCUCAUUAGUUGUUUCUAUACUGACCAUCCCGGACAAAACAUCAGGCUGUUCAGCUGGUUGCGUCGCUGGAAUAGUAAUCGCAUGUUUGCUCAUCUGUGCAGCAGCUGCUGCAGGAGGGUACUACAUCUUUAGAAAAAGAGCCAGAAACAGAACUUCACCCCCAACUCAGAGACAAGAAGGAGGAUCUGUGCACAAUGGCCAUUCAGAUGUGUAUGACACUAAUUUUGAUUAAUGUGCUUUCCCUUUAAGGCGAUCAAAAAAUAAACACCUUCACUUGAACCAAGAAAAGAAGACACUGCAAAUAUCAACUAUUUCUCCUCUAUCUUUAGAUUACCCAGUAAACUUAUCAGUGACAGGAUUACUGUUAACUGACUCAUUGGCCAAUUGGACGCAGAAGGGCUCCACAAGAAGAUGACAGAUGUAGCAGCAAUAACCUGUUAUCAUCCUAAUCAUGCGUAAAUGACUGAUGCCUUAGCAAAAAGUUUCCUUAUUACCCACCCAGUGCUGAGCAACACUGUCAUCUCUGCAGCAUCUAUGGCCUCGUGAAGUCCAAUGUUCACUCUCCUUUUAGCAGGCAGUGUUAACAGUGAGUUUAUCAGAGCACUUUGCUGCAAACUCAGAAACUAUGUUUCCUCAAGUCAAGUAAAUUUGACAAAAAUCAUCACUCACAAUGCGUCAACUGGCUUUUACAAUAUGUAUAAUAUACUACACCAUCAGUCUUUAGACCCUAAAUUUGAAUAGGAAAAUCUCCCCCCAAAAGCAAGGGAAAAAUUGGAAGACAUCUGAUGGGAUGCAAUAGAUGAACAGAGAAAAUCGCACAAUACACAGAUUACAAUGACAACAUUUCUGAUGAAUGUGAUUACAAAAUAUAUUUAAGGACUGUGAUGUUGCCAAGUCACCUGCACCAUAUGACCUCCUCUCCACCAUGUUGAACUGAAGGAGGGCAGGCCAAACAAAGAAGACUGGCAAAAAGAAUGAUAAUAUAUUUGAUAAAUAAAGUGCAGAUAAAAACAAGUGAGCGAUGAUCUGUAAGUGGACCACCUUUGACAUUCUACAUCUGUGUGAGGCAGCGACAGGAGGGGCCAGAGUGAGACGAGAAGAGGAGGAGUUACUAGAGAGACACAGCUUGGCAGUUUGAGGGACACAGGAACAACAAACAACAGUUAGAGAAGUGCUGUGUUGACAGUUUACACAAGCUUUUAUUGCACCUUAACAGUUGAGUUUGAACAUUUCUUAAUCUGCUUUUGAUUUCUGGAUUGUUCAGUCUAUAUCUAAUCUAAAGGGUAUAUAUUUAUAUUCGCCUGGGCUUUUAUAGCAUCAAACUUCAGCAUUGAAUAUUGACUAUACAGAAAUAAUGCGUAGAUGCAAACAAUCAUAACUGUUGAAAUGAGGUUUAUCCUGUCAUUGUUUACUUGAAAUGACUCAUUUACUUGCAAAAAAAACCCCCCACAAUAAACAAUAAAUACA